AUGGAUCAUAAACCGAGCGUAUUGACCGCAAGAUACGAGAUCGGGAGGUUGCUUGGUCAAGGGACUUUUGCUAAGGUUUAUUAUGCAAGGAGUAUUACAACAAACCAGAGUGUGGCGAUUAAAGUGAUUGAUAAAGACAAGGUUUUGAAAGUUGGGCUUGCUGAUCAAAUCAAGAGAGAAAUUUCCGUGAUGAGAAUUGCUAGACAUCCGAAUGUGCUUCAGCUUUAUGAGGUCAUGGCUACCAAAAGCAAGAUCUUCUUCAUUGUGGAAUAUGCUAAAGGGGGUGAACUCUUCAACAAGGUUGCUAAAGGAAGGUUGAAAGAAGAUGCUGCUCGGAAGUACUUCCAACAACUGAUCAAUGCUGUUGAGUUCUGCCACAGCAGGGGUGUUUACCAUCGGGACAUAAAGCCAGAGAAUCAGUUGUUGGAUGAAAAUGAGAAUCUAAAGGUUUCGGAUUUUGGAUUAAGUGCCCUAGCUGAAUCCAGGCGCCAAGACGGUUUACUUCAUACUACCUGUGGAACCCCUGCAUAUGUUGCUCCUGAAGUUAUCAACAGGAAAGGUUAUGAUGGAGCCAAAGCUGAUAUAUGGUCUUGUGGGGUGGUUCUAUAUGUGCUAUUGGCAGGUUAUCUGCCAUUUCAUGAUUCGAACCUGAUGGAGUUGUACAGGAAAAUCGGGAAAGCUGAAUUCAAAUGUCCUAAUUGGUUUGCCCCAGAAGUUAGAAGACUUUUGUCCAAAAUACUGGAUCCGAAUCCUAAUACAAGGAUAUCCAUGGCCAAGAUUAAAGAAAGUUCCUGGUUUAGGAAAGGAUUGAGCUCCAACAAACAGAGAAAACCGGAAGAAGCUGAAACCCAAGAUAUGGCUCCUUUGAGUGGAGAUGGAUCAGGUCCGUCUAGCAACAAUAGCAGCAUGCUCUUCGAGGAAGCAAAACAAGAACAACUGGUGAAGCCUUCAAACUUGAAUGCAUUUGAUAUAAUCUCUCUCUCAGCUGGGUUUGAUCUGUCUGGACUCUUUGAAGAAGAUUUACUGAGAAAAGAAACCAGAUUUACUUCUAAACAGCCUGCAUCGGUCAUAAUUUCUAGACUUGAGGAUACCGGCAAGCUUCUGAACAUGAAGGUGACGAAGAGAGAACCAGGGUUACUGAGGAUGGAAGGAGUAAGCGAGGGUAGGAAGGGUUUGUUGACCAUUGAUGCUGAAAUCUUUGAAGUUGCUCCAAACUUUCAUUUGGUGGAAGUGAAGAAAACAAAUGGGGAUACAUUGGAGUAUCAGAAGAUAGUGAAAGAUGGCAUGCGACCUGCACUCAAUGAUAUUGUCUGGGUUUGGCAGGGCGAAAAGAAACCAGCCCAGCAGGAAGGAGAACAGUAUCUUCCUCCGUCGCUGCAGGAAUGA